AUGACCGAUUUCAACAAUAUAAUCGAAUACUCAGAUGAGAUGAUGAAGAAACAUUUGAUAUUUUUAGAUGAUCUGAGACUCGCGCGCAAGAAUAAAGAGAAGAUUGGAUUUUUGCUGAAUGCAUAUAAACUUGUUGAUGAAUCAUUGUAUAAAGAUAGAAGUGAAGUUCAGGAACAAUUUGAUCGCGUUGAUAUCGAGUUAAGAGAGUUAGAGUUAAAGAAUUCAGCAAUUGAAAAAAAUACUAUGUUUACCACAUUUUGUAUUUUGAUUGAUGAUGACAAAAAUGUAUGGAUGAAUCUUCACGAUGACGAAUAUUGGGUCCAAGAUG